UGUCUUGCUUUCUGCUGCUACAAACAACACAGAACUCGAAGAGUUUCUAAGCUUAGGAAUUUGAGUCAAUUUUAUUUUAGCCUUUUUUUAAUAUUAAUUAUUAGUUAUGGACAUAUAGCUAAACUAUUGGCAUUUCAUCGAAUUUUAGAUAGGUUCACGCUCCUUAAUGAAUUUCGAACCUGAUAUUAAUUUAGGAAAUCAAAUAUGACACACAAGCAAUUGGUAUCCAUGCCACCAGAGAUUACGGAAAAUAAGAAUAUUGAUCUGGAAUCACCCAAUAACAUACGACGUCCUAGGACUAGUGAAGAUUUUUAUGAAUUUUGUACGACUGUAUUGAAUUACGAAAAUUAUGAGGCACUUGUUAAUGAGGAAAUUCAUAGUGAAUCAACUCCUAGUCCUCAGAGAGAUGGUUCUGAAAGCAGUAUCAACUCGGAACUGGCAAGUAGUAGUCAAAAGGAGAAAAAAAGUGAAGAUGAAGAUAGUGAAUCAUUUAAUUUGGUGACGUGUUUUUGUGGUAAACCAUUUGCUGGUCGUCCAAUGAUAGAAUGUCUGGAAUGCUUGACCUGGAUUCAUCUUUCUUGUGCUCGAAUCAAGAAAAACAAUAUUCCUGAAGUAUUUCUAUGUGCCAUGUGUAAAAAGAAAAGAUCUGCUUCUCCGAUUACACCACCUGACAAGAAACGUCCAAGAAAAACUUUGUAGGCGAAACCAGUGUAUAUAAGUGAUUUAAGAUUCUAUGUAUAAAUGUAAAUAAUUCUUUAUUUAGAUACAUCUGAUCCAAUGUUAAAUUUACAAAAUCGAUAUAUAAUUGUAUAUUUUGUUUUAUUACUUUAUAAUGUGAUUCGAAUUCAUUACUAAAAUGAAGUAAAAUUUCAA